AUGAAUAAAAAAAAUAAACCAAUUAUAUUUUUCAGAAAUAUUAUACUGUUGUCAAUUAUUUUUUCCUUUUAUACUAGCAUUAAGUACCCGUUUGCCAUUGCUUCACUUAUUCCUAUUAAAUAUCCCAGAACCAUUAGUAAUGCUCAAUCGGACACAGUUUCUAGUAUCUACAAUGAAGGUAACAGUAAUAAUAAAAGUUGCUUUAAUUUUAUAAACAUCAACGAUGCUGAAAACAAUAAAAAGCAACUACAUAGUGUUAAAGAUUUUCUUGUAGAAAAAAAUAAGCUGAAUGUAUUUACCUCGCAGAAUUCUUUAUAUGCUCCAAGAAGGGUUGAAUGUCCAAAUUACCCAUUGCUAAGAAAUGCAAGUAUAAGUACUACUAGUUAUAAUAUGUACCAUAAUAAUGAUUUUUUUUAUCCUCAUGAAGAAAUUAACGCUGAAGAAAAAGAUUAUAUCAACUCGAGAAAUUCUAUUCACACGCAAGCAAAUAUUUUAAAAUUUUUAAAAAGUCUAGAAAUACCUGAUUUUAGUUUCUACCAUUUCUAUUUCUAUCCUUUGUUUACUGAUUUGUAUGAAAAUACAAAGAUUGGAUCAGACAGAGAAAACCAAUGGAAACAUGCCCUUUUCGAUGAAAAAAACUAUAGUAAGGAAAAUAGUCUUUACAAUCUGCUUGGUAACCAAAGUAAUAAUUAUAAUGCUGAAAGCAAUAAUAUCAAUAUCGGAGUUGCUAUAUCUGGGGGUGGGUACCGAUCAAUGUUAACGGGAGCAGGGGUGCUUCUGGGAAUGGAUCGAUAUGGGUUGUUAAGCUGUACAAAUUAUAUAACUGCUGUUAGUGGAGGAAGUUGGCUAUUAACGAGCUUACUUCUUAAUGAUUUUAAUUCAAUAGGUAACUGGAAUUUUAAAGAUAGUUUAUUAGAGGGAAUACCAAAUAUAGAAAUUAGUAGCAGUGAUGAUGAUACUUCUUUAUUAAAAUUGUUGGAAACUGGCGGGGAGAAAAGGGAGAAAGACAGUAAUGGGAUUUUCCAUAAAAGAGGGUUUAACGAUUAUAUCAUGUUUUUAAAAUUGAAAAUAGAUAAAUUGUUCGGUAAUAAGAAUAAAAAAAAAGAUAAUAAACUGAACGAAGAAACGCCAUUAUUUACCUACUCUAAUACCACUGACAUAAAUACACUUAUGAAAAUGAUGGAUAAGAUGAACAGAUUUCGUAAGAGUGUCAAAUUUUAUAACAAAAUACAUGAUUUGGUGAAACCAAAAAAAAUGGCUGGUUUCCCCCUCAGUUUUACAGAUUACUGGUCAAAAGCUUUGAUGAAUCGAAUGACAGCACAAUGGGAUGAUUCAAGCGUAGAUAAGCAGCAAAACAUUGAGCUAACUACAGUUUUGUCCAAAAGCAGUAGGUUUCUUAGAUAUGAAAUCCCACUUCCCAUAAUAGUAGCCAAUUGUAAAAACGGUUUAUUGAGAAAUGCCGUUUUUGAAUUUACUCCUUUUGAAUUUGGCUCAUGGUUAAAGACUUUCAAUAUGUUUGCAAAUAUAAAAUAUUUGGGAUCGAAAGUUAACCCAGAAACUUGGUACGGAACUGAGUGUUACAAUGGUUUCGAUAAUAUUGGAUUCAUAACAGCCACAUCCUCGAGUUUAUUCAAUAUUUUGUUUUCUUAUAUUUGGAAGUUAACCAUGAAUGUGUCAUCCGAUACUCAUCGAGCCAUCAAAGCAAUAUUUGCGGUGUUUGGGAUAAAUUUACUAGAUAACCAUGUGUUUAGUGAUGAUGUAGAAAGCAGUGCUGUUUCCAGACCAGAUUAUGCGAUUUUCAAAACAAACCCUUUUUAUAAAUUAAACAUUUCUUCGAGUUUUAUGGCAGAUUCAUUGACUAAAGAUGAAUCUUUAUACUUGGUGGAUGGAGGGGAAGAUACAGAAAAUCUACCAAUAAGACCAUUGCUACAGCCGGAUAGAAAUUUAGAUAUUAUUUUUAUUGUGGAUUCAAGUUCAGAUAGGAACAAUUUUCCCAACGGUAGAAAUCUAUACAAUAUUUACAAAAACUUUUUGAUGGAGGAAAAUUAUAGAAUUAUUCGGCCAAUGAGCGAGUAUUACAAGCAAAGUGGUGACGACGAAGUACAAUUUGUUAAAAUAUUGAAUAUUCCAAAAAUACCCAAAACAAUUAGUUUAGAUGGACAUAAUAAUACAAAGCUGUUUGCUUAUAAUAAAACUUCAAUUGUCUUUGGUUGUUUCAUAGAAAGUUAUGUGACGUUACCUUUAAAUAUUACCAGGACAAAUGGUACUGAGUUCAAUUAUAUUGAUAUCAAGCCACAAAAAUACCCUCCGAUGCUAUUAUACAUGCCGAAUAAUAAUAUAUCCUAUGCUUCCAACAAAUCAACAUUCAAGAUGAGCUAUAGUGCAACUGAAGUUAAAAAAAUGAUUGAAAACGGUGAAAAUAUAUUUACGCAAUCUUUUGAUGCUAAUUAUAAGAAAUGCUUAGGUUGUUUUAUGAUCAAAAGAACAUAUGAUAAUAGAGCUCAUAUUGACAAACAAAAAAUACCAGAUUUUUGCAAUGAAUGUUAUAAAGAAUAUUGUUACAAUUAG